GGCCAAGCACAAUCCACUGAAAACCUCUGCAAAUCUAUUUUAAAAUGCAUUUUUUUCAUCUAUAUUUGUCUCAGAAGACACCAGCUUGAUAAACAGAGUACAACCUGUUAUUUAUUCUCCUCAGAACACCAGUUUGAAUCUAAUAUUUCCUGUCGUCCUGCUUUAAUAUUUCCUGGAAAUCCUCAGUUUGUUCUUAUUUCUAACUAUCUCCGUGUUAAAUAUGCUGUUUUUGUCAUAUUGCCUGGAUUUGAUUCCCAAAACAACAACAUUUGGAUGAAACAGAGAGAAAGUGGAGGUGGAUGUGUGUGUGUGUGUGUGUGUGUUAUCUCCUGCAGGGCCAUGGAGCAGAGCUGACCCCUCGGCUUCCUGUUUCCUUGUCACAUUUCACUUCUUUAGGCUUUUUCCUUUUCUGCACAUUUCAACUCGUCAGCUUCAGUCGCUCCACUUAUAAACCUAUAUAUUAUAUAGAAAGGAAAUGGCAACAUUUUCUCCUUUUUCCCAUUUUUUACUUGUGUCUUUUGCAGCUUUUCUGCUCCAGUCUGAAUCCAGUCUCAGUAAAGUCCCUCAAAGUGGUGGAGCUGCAGGAGUUUUCCUGCUGAUCGAAGGAGGAAAAUACACGUUUAACUUCAGCGCCGGCAGAGACGCCUGUUUCUAUCUGAACCUCAGCAUCGCAUCCAGAGACCAGAUGGAGCGAGCGCUGCAGCGAGGACUGGAGACCUGCAAAUUUGGCUGGAUAGCAGAACAGAUCGCAGUCAUCCCGCGACUCACAGCCGACAAAAACUGUGGAAAGAGUAAAACGGGCGUGGUGACGUGGGCGGCAGGCCUUCAGCAGAAGUUUGGUGUCUACUGCUUCAAUGCAUCAGAUUUAGAGGAAAGCAGCUCCACAGCGAGCCCACAGAGCUCCACCCUGACUGCAGCGACUCAAACAUCAACAGCAGCUGCAACAUCGAUCAGAUCGACAACGUUUCCACCUUCAAAGACGACUAAAACACCUGAGCGGACGUCUUUCACCUCAGCUUUUAAUCUUCUGAUCAGGACGACACGUUCAACAAGGAUUUCCACCUCUACCUCCCCGACUCAGAAGUCUUUCUCCACUUAUAUUCCCACUUCUCCUUCUCACUUUCCCACCUCAAAAUCUGUCGCCAGUUUCACCGUUUCUCCGUCUCCUCACACCUCCAGUUUCUCUGUUUCCUCUGAGUCAGAGGCGCCUCGGCCCACCGGCUCCACCAAACCUCCUCUGGGAGAUGUCCCGACAGCUCUCAUCAUCCUGUCUGUCAUCCUGCUGCUGCUGACGGCCGCCGGAGUCGUCUGGUACUACAAACUGAAUAUUUUCACCUUCUGCUUGGUGGCGCAGCAGAAGGACGAGACAGAAACGGAGAUGUGGAAGCAGGCAGACAGCGAGACGGAGCUGCAGGACGGCGAGGAGGAGGAGCCGGACAGGAAGUACUCCAGUGACAUCACGCUGUGUGUGAACCCAGACAUCAAAACAAACUAGUUUUAUGAAACAUCUGUGUACAGUUUUCUAAAGUGGACGGCCACCAGGCGACCCUAUAAACAUUAGCAAAUGUGUUAAAUACUUCUCUAUAAACUCCUCAGUGGCAUUGUAAAUCCAACCAUGCAUUUUACAUCUUUUUUUCUGCUUUUAAGGUUAAAAUUUAGGUUUUAUUCAGUGUGUGUGAGCAUGUCAUUUACCCCAAGUAUCUUCUUUAUAAUUGUAUAAUAAAUGCACUUAGUUUUUGGUGAAAUUGCUAUAAAAUGUGAAGUUUGUUAGCAGCAUAAUGUCCAAAUAUUAGAAAAAUCACUGUAAGGAAAUAACAUUUUUAACAAGAUAAGUCAGUCAAUAAUUUACCCAUACAAUUAUAAAUAUCAGAAUAAUGUUUCUAUUUAAUUAAACAACAUUCUGUGCAAUGGUUGAAUUAUUAUGACACUUUAUAUUUCUGCUCCAUUAUAUUUAGCUGACAGCUUUAGUUACUUUCUGAUCGAAAUUUAACAUAAAACCAUUUAAAAUUAUUAUGCAUUUUUAUUAUAAAACCACAUAACAGUAUAUUGAGUACUUUAACCUUUAAAAAAAUAAAAUGCUGCUUACAUAAAUGCAUCAAUAAUAAUAAUAAUCCAAUAAUAUAUUUUGAACAUAUGAAACAAUCUGAGUGGGUUCAUUCUGCAUGACAAGAACUUUUACUUUUGAUACUUUAAGUACAUUUUCUGAUACUUUUGUACUUUUACUUCAGUAAGUUUUGAAUGCAGGACUUU